AUGUCAGGUAUCAGGACCACAUCGAGGAUAUCUAUCCAUGCACGCCUUUACAAGCCCAUUAUAUGGCCGCCUCCAAGGAGUCUCCCGAGUGGCCCAGGCACCAAGAUCGACACUGAAGGCACCGAAUUGCUUGAAAUCGCGGACCGCCAUGAGAUCGAUCUAGCCACUGAACAGGGCAUGGUAACGUGGGAACGUAGCCAAUCAAAAUCCACGAUUGACCUGACGUUCCUAUCCGGGAGCCUCUUCAAUCGUCUUAUCCUGAUAGAACGCGCUGACAGCGUACAGCACGACUCUGACCACUGGCCAAUCCAAACUCAGCUCGAUAUCGAUACGCCAACCAAGGAACCACCAAAGCGCCGGAAUUGGGCAGCUACCGAUAUCAAGCUGCUCACAGAGACCCUCGAACGUGACAUAAGUGUCCCAAAUCUAACUCCAGACAACGCAUCCAAAUCCCAUAUUGAGCUUGCCACUGUGGUAUUCACCAGUGCGAUCCGCCAUGCGAUUGACAAAACGGUGCCAUGGGCACGCCCUAGCGAAUGGAGUAAUCCAUAUUUCACACUAGAAUGCAAAGAGGCAGUACGUACGUGCCGCCGAUUACGCCGCAUACACUCCGACACCCACAAUCCGUGGAUUUGGCGUGCCUAUCUACGCGCUCGGAACAAGAAGAAGCGACUCGUGAGCAAGUCCUUGAGACUCGGCCACCGUUGCCGUGUCCAGCAAGCCACUGAGAAGGGUCCGCUAGGACUCUGGAGGUUGGCCAAAUGGGCACGAACACGUAAAGGCGCCUACGAAUCUGGAGUCACUCUAAUACUCAUAUCAAUUGAUAGACGUACAGCGGAGACAGUGGAAGCCAAAACGGCGCUCCUGAGUGAAUCGUUCUUUCCAGCGAUUCCGGAAGCUGAUUUGGCGGAUAUUGACGACGCUAUGUAUCUAGAGCAACUACCAUUCCCAGAAAUAUCACGCCACGAGAUUGAGAGCGUGGUCCGUUCCACAGCACCAGACAAGGCUCCAGGUAAGGACGGCAUUCCUAAUAGCUUCUGGCACAAGAUAGUGAGCAUCCCUGUGGUACUCGAAACGCUCUAUCAAAUCUAUAAUGCAUGCAUCUGA